GGCGACGGGCGGCGGCAGCGGCGAAAGCGGCGGGCGGAGGGGCCAUGGAGCCGGCGGAGGUGAAGGACCGCAUCCUGGAGAACAUCUCCCUCUCCGUUAAGAAGCUGCAGAGCUACUUUGCUGCCUGUGAAGAUGAGACUCCAGCAAUCAGAAACCACGACAAGGUCCUGCAGAGGCUCUGUGAACAUCUGGACCAUGCUCUGCUCUAUGGCCUGCAAGACCUUUCCUCAGGCUACUGGGUGCUGGUGGUUCACUUCACCCGCCGGGAAGCCAUCAAACAGAUUGAGGUGCUUCAGCACGUGGCCACCAACCUGGGACGCAGCCGGGCAUGGCUGUACUUAGCCCUCAAUGAAAACUCCUUGGAGAGCUACUUGAGGUUGUUUCAGGAGAACCUGAGCCUGCUGCACAAGUACUAUGUCAAGAAUGCCCUGGUUUGCAGUCAUGAUCAUCUGACCUUGUUCCUAACCCUGGUGUCUGGCCUGGAGUUCAUCCGCUUUGACUUGGAUCUGGAUGCUCCUUACCUGGACCUGGCCCCAUACAUGCCAGAUUACUACAAACCCCAGUACCUGCUGGACUUUGAGGACCGUCUGCCCAGCUCAGUGCAUGGUUCUGACAGCCUCUCCCUCAACUCCUUCAACUCAGUCACCUCCACCAACCUGGAAUGGGAUGACAGUGCCAUUGCUCCCUCCAGUGAAGAUUAUGAUUUUGGAGAUGUCUUUCCAGCAAUGCAGACCAUGCCCAGCAGAGACUGGGAAGAUGGAGACCUCACAGACACACUCAGCUGCCCACACUCCACCACCUCGGAGGCCAAUGGCACCAAAGCCUCUGUGAAGAGCCCCACGCAGCGCUACAACCCCUUCAACGAGGAGAAGGCUGAUGCAGCAUCCUCCACUGACACCACACCAGUGCACACAGCUUCCCAGGAGAAAGCAGAAGCCACUCCUGAAGGGACAGACCAGUCCGAGAGCUGCACGGAGCUGGAGGUCAUCAGGUUAGCCAAGAAGAAGAAAACAGGCAAGAAGAAGAAAGCCAAGCCCGAGGAGCCAGUGAACACCCCUGGGCCUGCAGUGCCUGAGAGCCACCAGGCCAGCGGUGACAGCGGUGUCAACGGGCUGAGUGACAAAGAGGAGCCACAGGGUGGUCCCCCAGCCCCGGGCAGCGGGCAGGAGGAGGGUGGGGAAGGUUCUGCCCUGGGCCAGCUGGCUUUGCGCAUCCCCGAGAUGAAGGACACGUCCAUGGGGAGCCUGGGGCAGCCUCUCAGCAAGGUGGUGGAGAGGCUGAACGGGCAGCUGGACCCCGGGGGCUGGGUUGCCCCCCUGGAGCCCCCCGGGCAGUCCUUUCGGACUGGCACGCCAGGGGACACCCCGGAUGGAUCCUCCUCUGGCGACUUUAGUGAGGGGAUUUCAGCCCCCAUGGACUUCUACCGCUUUACCGUCGAGAGUCCAAACGCUGCUGCAUCAGGUGGUGGCCACCAUGACCCUCCAGGGCCUGGCCAAUCGUCACAUGUUUCUGGUAGCCCUGAGGCUCCUGAAGAAAAAGAAAGCGGAGAGGGAGAAGCAGUUGAGGCAGUAAAGGAGUCUGAAGGGACCAGUGAUGGACCUCAAACUGGCCAGACAGAAAUUCCUGAGCCCCAGGCUCUCCACGAGCCAAAGAAGGAGCAGCCCAGCCCUUCCCCAAGCAGUGCUGAGGACUCUGGUGUGGAGGAAGGGCAGGGCAGCCCUUCAGAGCUGACCCAUCCCUCUGAGUUCAGGGUGGAUAACAACCACCUCCUCCUGCUGAUGAUCCACGUCUUUCGGGAGAAUGAGGAACAGUUGUUCAGGAUGAUCAGAAUGAGCACUGGGCACAUGGAGGGGAACCUGCAGCUCAUCUAUGUCCUGCUGACUGAUUGCUAUGUCUACCUGAUCCGCAAAGGGGCAGCAGAGAAGCCGUACAUGGUGGAGGAGGCCGUGUCCUACAAUGAGCUGGACUACAUUUCGGUUGGGUUGGAUCAGCAGACAGUGACCGUGGUGUGCACCAACCGGAGGAAGCAGUUCCUGCUGGACACAGCGGACGCGGCUCUCACCGAGUUCUUCCUGGUCUCCUUGAAGUCAGCCAUGAUCAAAGGGUGCCGGGAGCCUCCAUACCCCAGUAUCCUCACAGAUGCCACCAUGGAGAAGCUGGCACUUGCCAAGUUUGUGGCCCAGGAGUCCAAGUGCGAGGCCUGUGACGUGGUUGUGCGUUUCUAUGGCCUCGUUCACUGGGAAGACCCCAUGGAUGAGGCACUGGGACCCACCAGCAAUAGCUACACCUCAGCUGAAAACACUGUCACCAAGGAUGGCAUCCUGCACUACAAGGCAGGGACCUCCUACCUGGGCAAGGAGCAAUGGAAGACCUGCUUUGUGGUGCUUAGCAAUGGGAUCUUGUACCAGUACCCAGACCGCACGGACGUCACCCCUCUGCUCUCCAUCAACAUGGGGGGUGAGCAGUGUGGGGGAUGCCGGCGCUCCAACACCACCGACCGGCCCCACUCCUUCCAGGUGAUCCUGACGGAUCGGCCCUCCCUGGAGCUGAGUGCUGAGAACGAGGAGGAGAUGGCUGACUGGAUGCAGUACUUGUGCCAGGCUGUCUCCAAAGGGGUGAUCCCCCAGGGUGUUGCCCCCACACCUUGUGUCCCGUGCUGCCUCGUGCUGACAGACCAGAAGGUUUUCACCUGCCAUGAGGACUGCCAGACAAGCUUCUUCCGCUCGCUGGGCACUGCGGAGCUGACGGACGUCACCGCCAUCUCCACCGAGGCCAGCAAGGAGUACUGUAUCCUGGAGUUUGCUCAGGACCGUAAGCAGUUCCUGCCCCCUUGGGUCCUCUACUUUAGUUGCACUACAGAACUGGAGAGGUUCCUCUCGGCGCUGAACUCCACAUGGAGGAACAUCUACCAGGUUGAUCUCCUGCACAAGGCCAUUCUGGAUGCUGCUGUCAAGAAGAAGUGUGAGGAUGCUCAGAGCCUCAUCAACAGCGCCUGGCAGCGCAGCGACAGCCUCUGCCGCGGGCGAGCAGAGCGGGACCCCUGGUGUUAACCCUGGCUGGGGGGAAGGGCAGCUGACAGGGACCCAUUUUGGGAGAGCAGGGACACACCUGGAUCCGGGCUGUCCCCGCAGCCAACUUGGACCCCCCGGAGCCCUCCUGCCACUGCUUGGUCCUCACCAGCAGCAUCGCCUGCGGGCCUGGACCCCCUGUCCUGUCCCCACCACGCUCUCCAGCAGGCUGGGGACAUCCAGCACGUUUUGGGGAGCAACCGGACGCUUCAGCGGGCUGGAGGCGAGGCUGAGCCCACACCCCCCUCAGCCAAUGGGCAAAAGAAAUUUGCCUUUUCACAGAAUAAUAUCCCACGAGGAAUGAGGGGGAGAGGGGGAACCACCCACCCCCGUGGCGGUGUGGAGCUGGAGUGAGGAGUUGUUCAUUUUUAGAACAGGGUAGAGGCGUGGAGGUGGCGGGAGGGGAACACUGGAUCGUUACCCUGCAUGUUUCCUCCUUGCUAACACAAUCACCAGGUACGGCGACGUUUCGCCUCCUCCUUCUCCUGGCAUCUCCCAAUGCUGGGGAGGUCACACCUGGGGCCCUCCAGACAUCACAAAACCACUCCCCAGCCCCUCACUGAGAUUUGAGGGUAAGGAAGUAAGAAGCGGGGCCAGAAAUUUGGCCUUGAGCAACCGAGUGUGGUUUUAGGAGAUGUCAGAAGGCAGCUUUGAGGUUUGGACGCUGGCCCCACGUGUAGGGGGAGAGAAGAGCUGGAGUCUGAUGUUGUUCAGGUGUCCUAUGGGAUGCUGUCACACAGCUGCCACCAAACGUGUCCCCAUCUUCUCAGCUUGCUGCAUCCCAGGCUAGCAAGGACCCGUUGCCAUUUGCCCUCCACAGCAAGCCCUUUGGGGGCACAACCCCAGCUUUUAAUUAAUAAUAAUCCAGAGACCUUCUCAUGUAAUAUAAAUUCACGGGGCCUUUUUCUGGGGGGGGGAGCAAACAUGACUGAAUGUAUAUGUAUAUACAUCUACUUCCUUCUCCCUUCCCUGAAUAAAAACUCCUGGGUAACUCAGAUUUGGCCCUA